GUCGGGUAACGCCGGGUCCAGACGCGCCGCGGCAGCUAAGGGCGGCUCUGCUCCCCCAGCGCUUUUCUAGCGGCGGCCUGGCCGGAGAGUCGCCUUUGCGCCUCCCAGCACCUUCUCCGAUGGUAUGGGACCCGCUGAGGAAUCCGGAUCGGGUUCCCCGCUCCGCCCUGGAGCUACAGGCUCCAGAAUGGGACAUGGGGUCCCGGCACUCGCCUCUUUCACAGCCCCACGCUGUCCCCCGCCGGACUUCUGCGAGAGAAACCCCGCUGCACGCUGCGGAGAUCUCCCGGACUCUAGUGGCUGCCAUUCAAGCCGUGGAGAGAAAAGUUGAUGCUCACGCCAUCCGGUUGCUGAAUCUGGAAGGGAGAACAGGGACGGCUGAGAAGAAAUUGAUAGGUUGUGAGAAAACCGUGGUGGAGUUUGGGAACCAGCUGGAGAGUAAGUGGGCCGUGCUGGAAACUCUGAUCCAGGAGUACGGGGUACUGCUGAGGAGGCUGGAGAACAUGGAGAACCUGCUGAAGAACAGGAACUUCUGGAUCCUGAGGCUCCCCCCAGGCACUAAGGGGGAAGUCCCCAAGGUCCCAGUGACGUUUGAUGACGUCUCCGUCUGUUUCUCCGAGCCGGAGUGGGAGAACUUAGACGGAGGGCAGAAGGAGCUGUACAAGAACACGAUGAAGGGGAAUUACGAGACCCUGAUCUCGCUGGACUACGCCGUCUCCAAACCCGACAUCCAGAUAGAGCAGGGGGAGGAGCCGUGUGUCAGGGAUCGGGAGGACUCCGAGAGGAGAGAGAGCCCACCGGAGCCCUGCUCGGCAGAUAGCGGGGUGGUGGUCAAAGUGGAGGAGGAGAGCCCUGAGGAGGAGCCGGAGAACUUGGAGCUACAAAGGACGUUGCCGGAAAUGGAGGUUUUCCAGUGUCCGGAGCAGGGAACAACUCAUGAGGAGAGUCUGUGCAGCCCCGAGAGGGAGCCCGCGGCCCUGCCUGGAAACGGCCUGGAGGAGCCGUCCCAGUGCGGGACAGACCCCCAGGAGCUCGAGCCGUUGCUUGUUCAGCUGCAGAGCCCCACGGCAGCCAGGCUGUUCGUAUGCGCCGAGUGUGGGAAGAGCUUCCGCAGCCGGCAGCAUCUCACCCUGCAUCAGAGGGACCACGCGGGAGCAGGAGCCUGCCUGCCGCAGCCCGGGGAGAGCUUCGCCCUGAAACCCGGCCCCAGACCCCAGCCCGGGGCCCAGGCGGGAGGCAAACCCUACAAGUGCUCCGAGUGUGAGCGCAGCUUCUGCCACCGGUCCAGCCUGCGGAAGCAUCACCUGGCGCACACCGGGGAGCGGCCCUACACCUGCGCCGAGUGCCGGAAGAGCUUCAAGCAGAGGGUGAGCCUGGUGCUGCACCAACGGAUCCACUCGGACAGGAGCGAAGGCUCCUUCAUCUGCACACAGUGCGGCAAGUACUUCAGCCACCACUCCAACCUGACGCGGCACCUGCGCAUCCACACGGGGGAGCGGCCCUACAAGUGCACCGAGUGCGAGAAGAGCUUCACGCGCAACCAGUACCUGGUGGAACACCAGCGCAUGCACGCGGGCGAGCGCCCCUAUCACUGCGCCGAGUGCGGCAAGAGCUUCCGCUACAAGCGCUCGCUCUACUACCACCAGAACAUCCACCCUGGGAAGGGCUUCCCUGGGCCGGGGCCAGAGCACGUGGGGGGCCGCUGCCGCCCCGCUCCGCCCCGCCGCUCCCGGCCCCGCAGCCAGGCCGCGGCUCCCUCCCCCCUCCCGGCUGCGCUCGCUCUGCUCCGCCCGGCAGCGGGGCCGGCCCGUGGCGAGGCGGCGCCGGGACCCUGCCCAGCCCGGAGCGGGAGCGGAGCUCGGCCGGGCCGGGCCCGCUGGAGAAGCCCCGCCCGCCUCCCCGGGGGGGCCAUGGCCGAGCGGGCCGCUGCCCAGGCUCGGGAAUGGGACAUGGAGUCCCUGCACUUGGCUCCUCCGCAACCGCACAUUGUCCCCAAGCGAACUGCUGCGGGAGAAAGCCAGCUGCAAACGGCAGAGAUCUCCCUGUGGACUGUAGUGGCUGCAAUUCAAGCCGUGGAGAGGAAGGUGGAUUCCCACGCCACGCGGUUAUUGAGUCUGGAGGGCAGAACAGGGACAGCUGAGAAGAAAAUAUCUGACACCGAGAAAGGAAUGAUGGAGUUUAGUAACCAACUGGCCGUGCUGGGAACUCUGAUCCAGGAAUAUGGACUGAUGCAGAGGAGGCUGGAAAACAUGGAGAACCUGCUGAAGAACAGAAACUUCUGGAUCCUGAGACUCCCCCCAGGGACUAAGGGGGAAGUCCCCAAGGUGCCAGUGACGUUCGAUGAUGUUUCCGUCUAUUUCUCUGAGCAGGAGUGGGGGAAAUUGGACGAUUGGCAGAAAGACCUUUACAAGAACGUGAUGAAAGGCAACUAUGAAUCAUUGAUCUCACUGGACUACGCCAUCUCCAAACCUGACCUUCUGUCCAGGAUUGAACGGGGGGAGGAACCGUGUAGGGUGGCUCAGGAGGACUCUGAGGAGAGCGUGAUCCCGAAGGAGCCUAGCACAGAAUUGCUGAGCCUUACUCAUGACACUGUAUCGUGGGUAAAACAGGAAGACCUGUACAUCAGGGAUCAGUGGGACUCAGAGGAGAGAGAGAUCUCUACAGAGCCCAGCACAGCAGAUGACGAGGUUGUAGUCAAAGCUGAGGAGGGAAUCCCGGUGAGCCUGGAGCUGUACAGCACGUUGCCUGAACGACCAGAAGAGACUGUUUUCCAGUACCCUGAGCAGGAUCCGAUCUGUGACGAUCAGGGCAACGUCAGCAUCCAGGGAGAAUACCCUGAUGGGAACAGUCUGGGGGACUCGGCUGCAGGCGCGAGAGACUUCAGUAACUUCACCACAAUCAUUGUCCAAGAGGAGAGCCUCCCAGGAGAGGCACCGUACGUCUGUUCUGAAUGUGGGAAAAGCUUCCUCUACGAGCAGCAGUGCGUACUGCACCAGAGGAUCCAUGGCGAAGCCCACACGCCUCCUGAGCACAGAGAGAACUUCAAGCAAAACCACUGUCUCAAAUCCUGCCCACAGAUCCAGCCAGGGGAGAGAGUCUAUAACUGCCCUGAGUGUGAGCGGAGCUUCCCUCACAAGUCGAGCCUCAGCAAACACCAGCUCUCCCACACGGGGGACCGGCCAUACACCUGUGCUGAGUGCAAGAAGAGCUUCCAGCUGAAGAUUAACCUCAUGAUACACCAGAGGAGUCACGCAGGGAAGAGCAGGGGCUUGUAUAUCUGCAACGAAUGUGGGAGGGGCUUUAACCACCAUUCGAACUUCAUUAGGCACCAGAUGAUCCACACUGGGGAGAGACCCUAUGGCUGCACCGAGUGCGGGAAAACCUUCAUGCGGAAGGAGCAUCUCCUGACCCACCGGCGCCUGCACACGGGAGAACGGCCCUACCAGUGCACCGAGUGCCGGAAGAGCUUCACCCGCAAACAGCAUCUGGUGGGACACCAACGCAUCCACACAGGGGAGAAACUCUGGGGGACGCUGGCAGCACAGAGACGCUUGCACGACCUGCCAGGCAAAGCGCACAGGGGAGAGCCUGUGUCGCUGCACUUGAUGCACAAGGAGUUCCCCCCGUAGAUGCUGUGUUAAAUGGGAACUCUGGCUGGGGACAAUGAUCAUGAUGGCAUCUGAGCAAGGGAGUGAGACCAACUCUCUGGGUGUUGAACAGGGAACUAAAUGUCAGCGGGAUGAUCUGUGGAGAGGUCUAGGCUGCUGCUUUGUUAACAGUUGAGUCCAUUCCCACUAUGGCAAAGAACAGCUAGGCAGCCUCAGUGCUCCGUGGGAAGCUUGUCGUUCUUUUCCUGUGUUUCACUCUUGCUAAUUCAUUACACUAAAGGUAGUUGCAUCUUUCUUAAACCAACGAGAGCUACUUUUCAGUGUUCAUAGGUGUUUGACCUGUCAAUCAGGAUUCCCAGCUUGUGGUAUGGAGGUAAGGUGCCCUUUGGAAAGGGGAAAUCAUCUCUGUCAGUUAAUGGAACACGUUCACUUUCUUUUACAAUUUUUAAUCAUUGUCACUGGCUCAUGUUCAGUGUUCUUGAUGGCAGCAGACGUCUUUCCCUUGGGGCUGUCUCAGGCACCAUUCAAAUGAUGGAUUCCGUGCUUGAGACAUCACAGGGCUGCUGUUAACCUGUGAGCAUCGUGAAAUCUGGAUAAAUGUCCAGGAGCCCACUGAAGUAACAGACUGCUUGGGGGACAUUUUCAGCAGUGCCUGAGUGAGUCAGUCCCAUUAACUGUCCAGGAGGGGGUCGAACGGGGACUCUUUCACAUGGGCCCAUCCCCCAAGGGAAGUAGCUGGUUAAUAUUUACAUUCCUCUGUUCCAGUAGUUCUAAACCUGUGGCCUGCAUGCGGCCCAGUUAGCACACAGCUAAAGACUUCUGGGCUGCAUGGUGGGGGCCAGGCUGACGGAUGUGGUGGGGGGCCAGGGCUGCUGCCCGGACCCACACAGCAGGGGGUCUGGGGUCCAGGGUUGGGGCACUUGUCUGGCCCCGCGGGGUUGGGGUCUGGCCUGCCACCCAGCUGCCCUGCCAUCGGGCCUCAUGCGGCUGGGUCCAGGGUCGGGUCUCCUGCCCAACCACACACAGUGGGGUCCAGGGUCCCCGCUGCCUGGUCCCCCGCCCGGGACUCUGCUCCUGGCCCCACUCUGUCGAGGGGUCUCUGAGUGGGAGGUGCUGGAGUUAGGGGGUGGGUGGAGGUGGGCGCGCGCUCUGGUUCUCAACCUGUGGCCCAGGUAACACAUUGUGGGCUGCAUUUAUGGCCUACAGUGAUCAAUAGGUUGAGAACCACUGCUCUGUUCGUAUCCAUGUGAGUAGAGCUGUUGCCCUGAGAGUCAUUCAUGUGUGCGUUCUCUCAAAUCGUCUUUUCAAAAUGCACAAUAAUAAAAUGUACAAUGAACAGCAAAACAAAGAUACCAUCAGAAACAGACCAUCUGCCACAUGCAGCUCAGCCUGGCGUGCAGCAUCAGUACCUUUCAUUGCACUUAUCUGUCCGGUCUGAAAUACCAUGAGACGGGGGAGUGAUUUAAAAAGAAUUCUUACUUGACGUGUUUGUGAUAAUUACAAAAAAAAGCUUAUUGGAAAAAAUUGUCAGAUGAUUAAGAUCCUCAGAGGCACCCUCCGUAUCUAUCUGAUUGUGAAUUCCAUCCCAACCCUAAUGGAACAGUUUCUGGCCCCACUGAUUUCCGGGGGACUGAGCAUAGGAUAAGUGCUCACCAGUGAGAGAAAGGGGUUGAAAAUCUAGUCCAGAGGGUUUGGGCCCAGCCUGCACAAGCUGGGAGGGAACGGUGGUGCUGAGAACAGCUUGUUGUACAUGUAGAGAUCUUUGAGACUCACCUACGCCAUGUUGUUCACACAGAUGUAGAACCAGAAGCUGGUUUCCCUGAGCAGCAUCCUGGCCCAAGGGUCCUUUACUGUUAAAUUAUAACAUUGAUACCGUGGUAGUACCUCAAGGCCGCAACCAAGUCAGGGCCCCAUUGUGCUGUUCACUGUAUAGAUGUAAUGCAGGACAGUCCCUGCCCCAAAGAGCCUACAGUUUGCAAGACAAGAUGCAACAGCUAGAUGGGGCGGCAGAUCUUACUACAGGGGUGUGCCCCUGGGCCACGUGUUCAAAGUUUCUGCUGCAGCCCUCAGGAUUACCAGCCUGACCGGGUUAAGGGGGGUGAGGUAGAAGGGAGCCAGGCUUGUUGCUGGGCGGAUGAGAGGAGAUGGGAGAAGGCUGCAAGGUGCUCACCUGUCCCAGGGAGUUGGAGCCUUGUGAUUGGGUGAACCCUGGGGGAUGGAGGGCUGCCUAAGCCAAUUGGAGUGGGGAGGAGGGGAGGCCAG